UCUCAGUAUAAAACCCCUCGUAACCAAUAUUCACAAAUCACCACUCAUAAUCUCUCUCUUUCUCAAUCUCUCUCUCUCAAUCAUGGCUGACACUGCAAUUUCUGCUGAUUUGCCCCUCGGUGCUGCACCAAUCCGUGGAAAGAGAGGGAACAGGAAGGCACUAAAGCAGAAAAACACAUCGUCAAAUGAGGCCAACAUUUUGGCCGCAACGACCUCUCAACCCUCACCGGUUUUGCCCCCGGUGGACAACGACUCUGCCGGGAAAGAGAACCACGAGAGUCUGUCGCUCUCGGCCAAGAAAACUCGAGCCGCCUCGAAAUCAAAGAAACAAUCCAAGCAAUCUUUCGAGAAGGAAUUGGAAGAAAUGCAAGAAAGGCUUCAACAGCUUCGACUGGAGAAGGAGAAGACUGAGGAUAUGUUGAAGGCCAGAGACGAUAUGUUGAAGCAGAAAGAGGAAGAGCUCGAAACCCGUGGCCGAGAGCAAGAGAAACUCCAGACAGAGCUCAAGAAGUUGCAGAAACUGAAGGAGUUCAAACCCACCAUGACUUUUACCAUCGCACAAUCUCUGAGAGACAAAGAGCAAGACAAGAAAGAGAAGAAGAAGAAGGGGUGCCCUGAAAAGAAAAGGCCAUCUCCACCUUAUAUCCUAUGGUGCAAAGAUCAAUGGAAUGAGGUCAAGAAAGAAAAUCCAGAGGCAGAGUUUAAGGACAUUUCCAACAUUUUGGGGACGAAAUGGAAGACGGUCAGCGCAGAAGAGAAGAAGCCUUAUGAGGAAAAAUAUCAAGCUGAGAAGGAAGUUUAUUUGAAGAUUGUUGGAAAUGAGAAGCGCGAGAACGAAGCGAUGAACUUAUUGGAGGAGGAACAGAAACAGAAGACAGCAAUGGAAUUACUUGAACAGUAUCUUCAGUUCAAAGAGGAAGCUGAAAAAGAAGAGAAGAAGAAGAAAAAGAAAGAAAAAGAUCCAUUGAAGCCAAAGCAUCCAAUGUCAGCAUAUUUCCUGUUCGCGAAUGAGCGAAGAACAGUGUUACUUGCAGAGAACAAGAAUGUUUUGGAGGCUGCAAAGAUCACAGGUGAAGAGUGGAAAAGCAUGACAGAGAAACAGAAAAAGCCUUAUGAAGAGAUGGGAAAUAAAAACAAGGAGAGAUAUAUGGAAGAAAUGGAGGUUUACAAGCAGAAGAAGGAAGAGGAAGCUGCGAAUCUGAAAAUGGAAGAAGAUGAAAUGAUGAAAAUUCAGAAGCAGGAAGCCUUGCAAUUGCUGAAGAAGAAAGAGAAAACAGAGAACAUAAUUAAGAAAACAAAAGAGAAGAAGAAGAAGCAAAAGGAAGAGAAGAAUGGUGACCCUGACAAGCCAAAGAGGCCUGCAUCUUCAUAUAUUCUAUUCAGCAAGGAAGCAAGGAAGAAUUUAUCGGAAGAGCGGCCCGGAGUUAACAACUCUACCCUUAAUGCCCUCAUCUCAGUUAAAUGGAAGGAAUUGGGUGAAGAAGAGAAACAAAUUUGGAAUGCAAAGGCUGCAGAAGCUAUGGAGGCGUACAAGAAGGAAAUGGAAGAAUACAGUAAAUCUGCAGCAGCAAACGACCCAGAAAAGUAGUGAAAGCCCUGAAGCUUCUUAGAUAAAUAUGUUCAAGUGUUUAUGGUUGAACAUGUAGUGAAAUCAGUUCAUCCCAUCACUUAAUUGUCCUACUAAGCAUUUCUGUAUUAAUUGCAACUAGUUUUACUGAAUUUCUGAAUAUUAAGUAGUGACCUAAGAAGAAUCUGAAUGAAUGACUUUUUUAGACCGACAUCAAAUGCUAAUGAAUGGAAGUUUUCCGGAA